GUUAAAUUUACAUAAUAUUACAGCUCAUUUUGUUACGUUUUGAUGAAAGUAUUAGAAAAUUAUAUAAAUUAUUUUAUAUCGAACUGCGCAUGCCCAGCAACGAAGCGUAACUACCGCCAUCUGUACCUUUGGGUAUCGUGAUUAUCAGUGGUAUACGGCGUACACACCGAGUGAGUGCAUUUCGAGUUGCAUUAAUUUUUUGUAUGUAUUAUAAGUGAAUGAUAUUAUUUAUACACAACCACGUUGACGAUGUUUAAUUUUAAUGCGCGACAAUAUUUGGGAUCGUUAUAUGCACGUUGCAUAUUUUUUUUGCCGGCGUUUCACUUAUCUAGAAACCAAAAGAUUUUUAUCAUUUGUUUGACUGGAGGUUCAUUGUUGCUCGGUGGUUUGGCACAAUUUUUAAAAAGAAGACGAAGACUUCCAUUACCUCCUUCGAAAAGAUCCAUAAGGGAUCUAAAACAAAGAUAUGCCAAUGCUAAAUCCAAUUUUGAUGCACUAUCUCAAGUAUCAUGGGCUAGAAGAAGCGAAGCGAGUAGUAGGAGUCACAUUAGUGAACGAGCAUCAAUAAUCUCUCCUUUACCAGAAGGUACUCAGGGUGAUGAAAGAUUAACUCCACAGCAGUACGGUGUUUUAGGUUUGGAAGCUCUACAAAAAGCAUUAAUUUACUGGGAGGAUGCACUAUCAGCAUUCAGUUCAACUUUGAGCAACGAUGCCCUUGCCCUGCCAUCAAAAGCGGACGCGGCGUUUACGCAGGACGUUCAAGAUCUCCUCGACAUGGGUUAUGAAAUUCAGAAUCACGCGGAGCUUUUAUUCAUCGAUCAGCACUCAGUGCUGUUUCGUGACGAUAGUCAGGAAAGCUUAGAGGAUCACCAUCCAUCCAACCUAGGAAUGCGAAUAUCGGGAAAGGAAAAAGCUGAUGCUGCAUCUUCACCAGAAUCAUUUGAAUCAGCACGAGACGGGGUAGCUGAUCUACGUGAAUUCGAAGAGUUUUCCGAACUAUUUCCACAUUUUGAAAGACAAAAGUUAUAUCAUGCUGCACUCAAGCAACACGAAGAUAAAGGCAUUCCUUGCAGACGAUUGCAUACAGAGCUGGUUAAAUGUGGCUCCGAUGUUGAGUACUUGGCUAAAGUAUACUGCCUUCGUCAAGCAUACACAAAACUGUUCAGUAUAGAGUCAUCCUCCAUUUGGAUAGCUGAUAUUGGGCGUCAAAUAAUUAGCGAUUUAAUCAUUUUUGCCGACAGAGAUCCGAAAGAUUAUUUGGUACAUUACGACCGCAUGCUAGAAUUUUUGAACGAGCCACGAAACAGUGAAAUAAUUGAGGAGGAAUUAUUUAAUCGAGGUGUUAAAUGUAUUAAUUUUUAUGAUGUACUAAUUGACUUUAUACUAUUAGAUGCCUUCGAAGAAGUCGAGAAGCCGCCAUCUUCCAUCAAGGCCAUACUUCAAAACAGAUGGAUAUCUGCGAGUUUCAGAGAAACGGCUGUGGGAACAGCGGUAUGGUCAAUGUUGGUCGGGAAAAGACAAAUGUUGAAAUAUGACAAAGGUUUCUUGGCUCAUUUCUAUUCCAUUUCGGAACAAAUAACCCCAGUACUUGUUUGGGGAUUUCUAGGUCCCGAGGGAAGCCUACGAUCUACUUGUCAAUUUUUUAAAGAUCAGGUCAUAGAAUUUCUCAUAGAUAUAUUUAAUUUCUUCAAAGUUAGAUACACAACUGUCGAUAAUCUUGCAGAAGAUAUUAUCAGGGAAAUGAAAGUAAGGGUUGAAAAUAUUAAUCAAAGACUUUCUUUGGAAGGUGCCAGCCAAAUUUAAAGAUAAAUUAUUUAUAGUAAUUUAGAUACACACAUACACACGAUAAUGCAUAAUCUAUAAAAAAUCUCAAAAUAGUAUAAAAUUUGUUAUGUUAUAUUUGAUAUUUGUUUUAUUUGUUAGAAAAUUGAACAAUUAUGAAGAUCGCUAUUAGACUAUAUUGUGAA